AACGGCGGAGAGGCAUCGCCCUAGAUAACGGUAGAAUCGCGCAGUGCUGUCGCGUUGUCUUCUCGCGAGAGUGUGAAAAUCUAGGCGGCGGGGAGGCGUACAGGAAGGGCAGGCGGCGGCAGGAGAGAGAGAGAGAAAGAGAGAGAGAGAGAGAGAAGAGGGAGAUAGAGAGUGAGCGAGAGAGAGAGAGAGAGGCGCGUCCGUCGUCCGCGCGUUAAUCAGCGUCGUCGUCGCCUUCUUCGUGGCUCGCGUUUCGCUCCUCGUGAAGCCGCAAGCCGUGAGUCCCCCGUGUGUGCCUCUUGCGGAUCGAUCCGGUACGCACAGUGCCGAUAUAUCAGGCGUGCCGUGUGCGCGAGAACCUCGGGUGAGAGAAAGAAACCCGGUAUCCCGUGAUUCGCUCGUAAACGUGCGACGCGAAUUCCGAUCCCACGUCGUCGUCGUCCGUCGGCCAGUGCGAAGUCAGUCGUGCUGCCAGUUGCUUGCGGCUGGCGGCAAGAACCGUUCGAGCAGCGAAGAAAAGAACCGGACAACGACUUCGUCGUCUACACGUCUGCUCUCUUCCCCCCAUGGACUCGUGACAGAGUGGCGACGAAGAAGCUGAGCCGAGUGAAGAAUAGAGAUAGAGAGAGAGCGAGUGAGCGCGGGCGGGCCAGGUAGCGCUAUUAAUCGCCGAGAUCCUCGUCAGUCGUGGCGACGAGGAAGAGACAGACGAGUGGCGCGCGUGAGACGGUGUGGACAACGAGGGACGUGAGGGGGAAGGAGCGAGAGAAAGAGAGAGAAAACGUUACAGGCUUGCCUCUCUGCGUGGCGUGUGUAUGUGUAUGCGCGCUUGAGAGCUGCCGAGCCGACUUGCGCGAGCGAUAGAGACACGACAGAAGAAAGAAGAGAGAUAGAGAGAGAGAGAGAGAAAGAACGGCGGAGAGAAUUAUCGAGUGAAACCCCGGGAGAUACUGUGUUCUGCGAAGAGCGAGGAGCGUGGGGCGCAUUCAGGAGGCACGAGAGGUCCGUCUCACUGAGAGCAAAUCGAGGCAAAACGUGGCGGAUUCGGUGACCCCUCGACUGUGAUCAGGCCCAUAGGCAGUAGGUAGGGCAGGGAGAUGCGCGAAUAUAAAAUAGUGGUGCUGGGCAGUGGAGGUGUAGGCAAGUCCGCCCUCACUGUCCAGUUCGUGCAGGAGAUCUUCGUAGAGAAGUAUGACCCGACGAUCGAGGAUAGCUACCGCAAGCAAGUCGAGGUCGACGGUCAACAAUGUAUGUUAGAAAUUCUAGACACAGCCGGCACGGAACAAUUCACAGCCAUGAGGGACCUUUAUAUGAAAAAUGGGCAGGGCUUCGUGUUAGUGUAUUCGAUAACAGCACAAUCAACCUUCAACGACCUGCAAGACCUCAGGGAACAAAUCCUGCGGGUAAAGGACACAGAUGAUGUGCCGAUGGUGCUAGUAGGUAACAAGUGCGACCUGGAGGACGAGAGGGUAGUAGGAAAGGAUCAGGGUGUCAACCUUGCCCGACAAUUCAAUUGCGUGUUUAUGGAGACCUCUGCCAAAGCUAAAAUUAACGUUCGCGAUAUUUUCUACGACUUGGUGCGGCAAAUAAACAAGAAGUCGCCAGAGAAGAAGAUGAAGCAGAAGAAGAAAUCGCUGUGCCUACUUCUGUAAGGUAUAUAUGGCGGAGCCCAUAUUCUCCUACAUGAAAAUCCGAGGAUACCAGUGGAUUAAAAAAAAAGGACCGGAGCGGUUAAUAAAACAAGAAAGAUACUAAUGACAAAAGAGGAGGAGGGGGCUGACGGAAUAUUAGGCGACGGUAGAACGGGAGUCUACGGUACUGAAAUCCGAAUGGUUGUAAAACGAUGGUAGAGAGACGGGAGAAUAAGGGCAUAUAAGGGCACAAGGUAACGCAAGCGGAGCGGAAGAACGAAGAGAAUACGUGGAAAGGAACGCAGCGAUAAGCGGAAGGAAAUAUUGUAUAUAACAUUGGUUCCGGGAUGGCUCGUGUGCACGCGCAAGCAACGGCGCACAAAGUAGGAUACGAGACCCCCCCGCAGCAUCGGUUAUCACUGUAGGAGUUUUGCAUGAAUAAAUGAAGGGGAAAAAAUGAAUAAUUAAUAGUAUAUAUUUAGGAGAAAGGAAGAGAUAAGGAAAAAAAGAAACGUUUGUGGACGUGCGCGUGCGCAGGCCACCAGCCCCCAUGCAUCGCGCUCUCGCCGCGCACCUCUCUCUCUUAUAUAAUAUAAUAAUUAUACAUAGAUGGUACUUGAACAUGAUUAUUGCUAUUAUUAUUAAUAUUAAUUAAUUAUUAAUUAUUAUCGGAUCAUCAAAAUAUUCAUAAGUUAUCAAACUGUUUGUUUCUCAAACAAAGUAUGUUUUUCUAUAUCUCUCCGUAUUAAGGCAAAUAAUAAAAAAAAAUCAGUGAAUGUUAAAAAAAAGGG